AUGGACGACACCGGGUCGUCAGGAUUUCCCUACGACAACAACAUGUUCCCGGCGCCUUUUCUUUCCACGUCUUACUCCGACUUUGAUACAUCUCCUGGUCAAAGCCGCCAGUCGCAAUUCUCGUUCAACACUCUGACCUUGCCGGACCCAAGCACCGACCCUUUGCUAGCCGCCAUGCAGCCUGCGACUCCUAGGCCCGCUCCCGAAAUAGACAUGGCGUCCAUGUACGCCAUGGGCACCAGGUAUGCUCAUGGCAGGUCUUUCACCGACCCCGACGGUCGGAACAACAACUGCGUCGCAACCGCUCUCGCUCGUAUGGAGGGCUACGAGAACGCCGACCAUAGAGGACUUACAACGGAGUAA